AGGCGCUCGAGCGUGUGUUUAUAGAAGCUCAGAGCGCUCGAGAGCACAUUCAACCUGCUACCGACCGACAUCACAGAGACAGAGAGCGCGUUUCUCAGCACACUGACACUGUGUGAGGAUCUCGAUUUUUGGAUUUGAGUGCUACAAACAGACCAGAGAGGCUGCUGGAGCUUCUCAACAAAAUACUGGGGAUGAAUCGCUGUACAGCCGCUUUGCUUUUGCUGGUUAUCGCCGUUUAUUCACUCAACACAGAGGCGUAUAAGUGCAGAUGCACGAGAAAAGGCCCGAAGAUCCGGUACAAAGAUGUACAGAAGCUGGAGAUCAAGCCUAAACAUCCAUACUGCCAAGAAAAGAUGAUAUUUGUCACCAUGGAGAAUGUGUCCCGUUUCAAAGGGCAAGAGUAUUGCCUGCACCCCAGACUCCAGAGCACUAAGAACCUUGUCAAGUGGUUCAAAAUCUGGAAGGACAAACACAGGGUGUAUGAGGCCUAAACGCUCUUCUUUAUGCACAAGGCUGAAAACAUUGCGGGACGCACAGCACCACCAGUGAACUGGGGAAGACCAGAGGACCAAUUUUUUAAAGCAUGACAAAGCAUAUACACAGACAAGCUUAUAAAGCACACCAGACAUUUUAUUAAGUUCUAUUAAUGUGGAAUAAUUUAUAGUCAUACAAAAAUGUUUCCUAUACAAUGUAAUUAUGAGCCAGAUGUGCAGUUAUGGCAGAGAAAAUCCCUGUGAAUCAGCACCAUCUGUAAGAAGUGAUCAUUACAUUUUUGCAACGUGUAAUGUUUUCUGAAGCAGCAGUUCUCGGUCUGAUUCGUUGUGUCGUGGGGUCCUGACACUUAGAUUUGGAUACUGUCCGGUUUAUAAACUACUAUCCGCAAGUGUCAAAGUAGAUCUUAGAGUUGUCACUGUACAAAAGAACAGAAAUAUCGAGGAUGGGUAAAUAUGCCAACAUUCAGCUGGUAAAAGAAGGCAAAAUAUUUUUCCUCACAAUCAUUUUCAAAAACUUGUUUCGCAUUGAUCUGCCCAAAAGUGCCGGAGGAAUUUUUUUUUUUACUUAUUCACUUAUUACAUUUGGAUUUUGAAGUGAAAGAGACAAAGCUGCAUUCAAUAUUAUCAACCAUUUAAAUCAUGUCAGACUUUAUAUUUACACAUAUAUACUUCGGUGGAAAUGUACCGCCACACGUCGAGCACAUGAACUUUGGGGCCUGCAGUGGGUCUUGUGUUUAAAAUGAAUCUUUUUAUUUAAUUUCAGCCCUCCUAUCAGCACAUUAUGAACUACACGUGCCUCCUCUUUGAGGUGUGCAGGUUUUGUAAGCUAUUGUUUUUAUUUGUUUGGUAUGACUGUGUUUUUUCUUUUUGGUAAAUGUAAUGUUUCUCGUCUCUUCUUGUACAUCAGAUCGUAUGUAUAAGCACAUAGGUUCUUAGCUUGUUAGCUUGUUCAGAGUUUAUUAGUGAAGCCUAUGUAUUGUAUCACAGAAUUGUUGUUUUACUAUUUAAAUAAUAGAAAUGUUUAUGUGUUUGAACUGACCCACCAAACACAAUUUAAGUCCAAGAAAUGUAAUCUUCAAGCACAGCAAUAAACAUUUAAAUAAA